CCGGACUGCUUCACCAACACACACACACACACACACGCGCGCGCGCACGCACGAGCAAGAAUGAACUCCGCGUUCAUCUGAUCGCGCUCUACUCACACACUGCGCACGUUUGCAUUGAUUUUUUUUGGCUACAGCAUCCUUUAGGUCUCUCCACGUUUUGGUCAUUAGAAAAAUACAGGCAAAUAUUUAUGUGCACUCUCUCCCAUUGAUAUUAGACCGUUUACUUGAUGGACACUCUAGAAGGGAAUUUAUACUUGUUUAAAGGCAAACUGUGCUUGCCAUAGCACAUAGAGUUAUAGAGCAUCACAAAAGAAGUCAACGCUCAUUCAACGUUUAAAAAGGCAGUCCCUGAAAGGAUGGUCAAGCUGACGCGGAGUCGGUGGUGGUGGAUGUUGACGCUGAUGAUCACAGCAGUGCGGAUGGGAGAAACUCAAGGGAACGACACCAGCGUCCACGGGAACUCCAUCAGAUCACUGGAGCCGCUGAGCGCCGCUACUAACCGCUCCGGCGCUCCAUACAGCGGCACCACGAAGAAAGGCAACAUCCCCGCUCAGGGAUACCCAUGCAGCAGUGAUCAAGAGUGCAUGGUGGGCAGUUACUGUCAAAGUCCUCAACACGCCCCGUCUCGCUGUCUCACCUGCCGCAGGAGAAAGAAGCGUUGCCAUAGAGACGCCAUGUGCUGCCCCGGCAACCGCUGCAGCAACUAUAUCUGCAUCUCGGAAAGUGUAUUGUCCUCACAUAAAUCACCUUUGGAGGAGCAUAACAAGCUUUCUAUCAAAGACAAAGGCUGGAGGAGGAAUGGGAAACCUCAAGCCAAGAUCUCUCAUAAAGGUCACGAGGGCGACCCUUGCCUGCGAUCGUCCGACUGCUCGGAGGGCUACUGCUGUGCUCGCCAUUUCUGGACGAAGAUCUGCAAGCCAGUGCUGCAACAGGGUGAAGUGUGCACAAAACAACGCAAGAAAGGCUUGCACGGUCUGGAGAUCUUCCAGCGCUGUGACUGUGCCAAGGGACUUGCCUGCAAGGUGUGGAAGGAUGCCACCUCCUACUCCCGGUCCAGACUGCACGUAUGCCAGAGAAUCUGAGAUGACAGGCCCCUGCAAACAAGCUGCACCUUGGGGCACAUGAGUCCCGCUGGCAAGAACUCCUCUUUCCAGGACUUACUCAACUGUGAUAUAUGGAGAAAGGGUGAUAUACAGAUGAAUGUGUGCCAGAACUGGGUGGGUUUGGGAUGGGAAUUAACUAAUGGAUGCUCAAAUGCAGCCAUUGGGGGAGCUCUCCGGGCCUCUUUUAAAAAAAAUAUUUGCUGCAUAUGUUUCACGGUAGCGAGGUGUAUUGAUCUAAAAGCCAUAUUUAUCACUAAUGUCUCACUCUGUCCAUCCAUUCUACAUAGUAUCAUAGUAUCAAAGCAGAACUUUUUAUUCACAAAAGAUUUAGAGGGAAUGAGUUGCACACACUGAUUGCGCAUUUAUUUGCACACAUGUUUUUCAGCCCCAGUUUAAGUGCAGGAAUUAAUGUAAAUCAGGUCAAUUUGCAUGGUGCAGUUUCACAAAAUGCCUUUGAAAUAAAACUAUGUUUAACGCCUGCUUUCCAUGGCUGGUCAUAGCGCAACAUUAACUGCACCAGCCAAAUAGCGCUGACUUUUGUGAAUAAAGCACAAUCUAUAAUAAACAUAAUGUACAUAGAAAGGAGUGAUUUCGCUCACAAAAGUUUUUGCUUUUAUUAGUGCAGCGCUAUACCAGCGCAGAUAGAACCUGGUUAUGCUAAAUUGUGGAUGGUUAAUGAAUAAGAUGCAGGUUUUUUGGCUGAAAUACUUUGCGCAAAAGCAGUAUGUGCAACUGCCAAGUUCGCCCCUUAAUCCUAAAUAUAAGCACUCUAUUAAACUGUAUAAAGUUGAAAUAUGACAUUAGAUAAAUAGUUUUAUUGGAUCCUCGGAGGGAUGGGAUGUACAUUAUCCCAGACAUUGUCAUCAUGUGCGACUGGGGGAAAUCAAAGACUGGCUUUAAAUGUAUGGGUGAAACUCUGUUAUUGGCCAUCAAGAUAAAACUAACCAAAUGCAUAUUUUAAGAGUCAACAGCGGAAAGUGCCAAUCUCUAGAAGAACACGUAAUGUAAUGGGUUUUGCAGGCAGUAUAUAAAGUUACCUUUGUUGUCGCUGUUGCUGGGGAAAAGUUGGUGUACUUUUAUGUUUUGGUCCACGUGGAUGAACGUUGAGCAAUGGCCUUGUCCUAAAUACCACACAUCUGCACUUCUGAAAGUGCACUUUUAGUAUGACUGUACAAAGAAUGAGAAGGAUCCUAUGUGUACAUGGCACCCAAACAGAUGUUUAGUUAUGUACUAGUAAAAAAAUCUUGCCUGGGAAAUAUUAUUAAUUCAGAUUUAUUCAUUACACAAUAGUCAUAGAUCAUAUUUUUUUUCAUACGAUUUAUUUUGUCAGAAAAACUAAAUCAGUUCUGAUUAUUAAAGGGAUAUCAUGCCAUUCCAGAUGUGUUUGACUUUUUUUCUUCUAUUGAACACAAAUUAAGAUUUAUAAAAAAAUAUCUCAGCUCUGUAGGUCAAUACAAUGCAAGUGAAUGGUGGCCAGAAAUUUGAAGGUCCAAAAAGCAUAUAAGGGCAGCAUAAAAGUAAUCCAUACAACUCCAGUGGUUAAAUCAAUGUCUUCAGAACUGAUUAGAAAAAUGCGGGUGAGAAAUAGAUCAAUAUUUAAGUCCUUUUUCACUAUAAAUCUCCACUUUCACUUUCACAUUCUUCUUCUUGUUUUUUUUGGCGAUUCGCAUUCUUUGUGCAUAUUGCCACCUGCUGGGCAGGGAGGAGAAUCUAUAGUAAAAAAGGACUUAAAUAUUGAUCUGUUUCUCACCCAUACCUAUCAUAUCAUGUUUGAAGAUAUGUAUUUUAGCACUGGAUUCGUAUGGAUUACUUUUAUGCUGCCUUUAUGUGAUUUCUGGUCACCAUUCACUUGCAUUGCAUGGACCUACAGAGCUGAAAUAUUCUUCUAAAAAUCUUUGUUUGUGUUCUGCAAAAGAAAGAAAGUCAUACACAUCUGGGAUGGCAUGAGUGUGAGUAAAUGAUGAGAGAAUUUUCAUUUUUGGGUGAACUAUUCCUUUAAGGGAAGUUGUUUACAAUGUGAGCAGUGUUCAGUGAAUGUUCAGAUAUUAUAAUGUGCUUUUAUAACAACGACUUUAUGAAUCAUAUUCAUCAACUAUACUUUUUUAUGUUUAAAAUUGUAUUGUUCCAUGAUCCACACCACCUUUUAGCUAAAAUACAAAAUAAUAAUAAAAACUGAUAAGCUCUUAUAUUGUAAAUAACAUGCAAAGAUUGCAAAAUGUAUUUAAAAAGCAGUUGUAUAUCAUGUAUAUAUUGAUAAGAAAGGAACUCAUGAAUAAAGUUCCUUAAAGACAUAAAUCCCUUUUUUUACUUUCGACUUACUUUUUUAAAAAUAGUAUAGUAUGAGAUCCAUUUUGUCAAUCUCUAUAUUUUUACGCUACAGAUAUGAAAAUAUUCAUGCAGAACUAUUAUUAUUAAAUUAUUUUCAAACAGAAAUUAGAGCUCAUUUUGUGUAUUUGUUUUAAUGUCUGUUUUUUGGGUUCCUCCUUACUUUGUUCCUAUGUUGUAACAGUGCUGUUAUAUUUCUCAUAUGUCUCGAUGUGUAUUUACAUUGAUUUACACAGAUUAAAGAAUGUAUUUUGUAUUACAAGGAUUUGAAUGCUCUCUUUGUUUCAGCUCUGAAUAAAUCAGCUUCUGAACAAAGAACCUAAAGCAAGGAACAAAAAAUGAUUUCUCUGAAAAGCAUUUUAGAAACUUAAAAAAAAAAAAAAAACAUUUGGUAAAAAUGUUGCUAUAAUUACCCAUUCAAAUAAUGACA